AUGAAGCACUUCCCCUUCAAGGUCGUCAACAAGGCCGACAAGCCAGUCGUUCAAGUCGAAUUCAAGGGCGAGGACAAGACCUUCACCCCAGAAGAGAUCUCAGCCAUGAUCUUGACCAAGAUGCGAGAGACUGCUGAAUCAUACCUCGGUGGCACGGUCAACAACGCUGUUGUAACAGUCCCUGCCUACUUCAAUGACUCUCAACGUCAGGCUACCAAGGACGCCGGCCUCAUCGCUGGUCUCAACGUUCUUCGAAUUAUCAACGAGCCAACUGCGGCUGCCAUCGCCUACGGUCUCGACAAGAAGUCCGAGGGUGAGCGCAACGUUCUCAUCUUCGAUCUCGGUGGCGGUACUUUCGAUGUCUCCCUCUUGACCAUUGAGGAGGGUAUCUUUGAAGUCAAGUCCACUGCUGGUGACACUCACUUGGGUGGUGAAGAUUUCGACAAUCGUCUGGUCAACCACUUCGUGAACGAAUUCAAGCGGAAACACAAGAAGGAUCUCAGCAGCAAUGCUCGCGCCCUCCGUCGUCUUCGCACUGCUUGCGAGCGUGCCAAGCGUACCCUCUCAUCAUCCGCACAGACCUCGAUCGAGAUCGACUCUCUCUUCGAGGGUAUCGACUUCUACACCUCCAUCACCCGUGCUCGCUUCGAAGAGCUGUGCCAGGAUCUCUUCCGCUCCACCAUGGAGCCGGUUGAGCGUGUCCUGCGCGAUGCCAAGAUCGACAAGUCCUCCGUCCACGAGAUCGUCCUCGUUGGCGGUUCCACCCGUAUUCCUCGCAUUCAGAAGAUGGUUUCCGACUUCUUCAACGGCAAGGAGCCCAACCGAUCCAUCAACCCCGACGAGGCCGUCGCCUACGGUGCUGCUGUCCAGGCUGCUAUCUUGUCCGGUGACACUACUUCCAAGUCUACCAACGAGAUCUUGUUGCUCGACGUCGCACCGCUCUCCAUCGGUAUCGAGACUGCUGGCGGUGUCAUGACUGCUCUCAUCAAGCGCAACACCACCAUUCCCACCAAGAAGUCCGAGACCUUCUCUACCUUCUCUGACAACCAGCCUGGUGUCUUGAUCCAGGUCUACGAAGGUGAGCGUGCUCGCACCAAGGACAACAACCUGCUCGGCAAGUUCGAACUCUCCGGUAUCCCGCCCGCUCCUCGUGGUGUCCCCCAGAUCGAGGUCACAUUCGAUGUUGAUGCCAACGGUAUCAUCAACGUGUCUGCUCUCGAGAAGGGCACUGGCAAGACCAACAAGAUUGUCAUCACCAACGACAAGGGUCGUCUGUCCAAGGAGGAGAUCGAGCGCAUGUUGUCCGAGGCCGAGAAGUACAAGGCUGAGGAUGAGGCUGAAGCUGGUCGCAUCGGUGCCAAGAACGGUCUCGAGUCAUACGCCUAUUCGCUCAAGAACACCAUUUCCGACUCCAAGGUCGAGGAGAAGCUCGAUGCUUCCGACAAGUCUACCCUCGAGGCCAAGAUCUCCGAGACCAUCAGCUGGCUCGACGAAAACCAGACUGCUACCAAGGAGGAGUAUGAGGAUCGCCAGAAGGAGCUCGAAGGCGUCGCCAACCCCAUCAUGAUGAAGUUCUACGGUGCUGGUGCUGGUGGCGCUGGUGGUAUGCCUGGUGGCAUGCCCGGUGGUCCUGGUGGUUUCCCUGGUGCUGGCGGCCCUGGUGGCGCUCCUGGCGGCAACGACGGCCCGAGUGUCGAGGAGGUGGACUAA